GUACAAUUCAAAGGAUUUUCAAUAUGAAAAACAAAGAUAACUUAAUAUAAGAAUGUUUCUGUAAAAGAAUUGCUGCCCUGCAUUAUGCACGGCAUGCGGGCUUAAUAAGAAGUCUGUAAAGGUUACCAUCUAGCUUUGGUGUUUGAUUAAAUCCAAAAGAAUUCCUUUCUUUUCAAUAUCUUAGCCGCAAGAUUGUUGCUGGAUGCAGAGGGAUCAAUGACAGCUACAAUUUGCUGUUUUGGGUGGUAUUUCUUGUUAUUGUAGUCUUGUGAGUUAUCUAGUUCGCAUUUAGACUAGCUGAAGCGCAACUUUCAAAAAUUCAGUUCUACUUCAUAUUUAUUCAUCUUGUUUAAUGUACAGUGCGUCCUUUAUUCGAAGCUUCUGUCAGUAUACAUCUAAUAGGAGCAUAAUGAGACCUAUUUGGUUUAAAUACCUUCAAAAUACAUAAAAGAAAAACUAAUUCAGAUGAGUCGAGAGUUUCGAGAUGAUAUACAAAAACAUCAUUCUGUUUCUUCAUAACUCAUACCUAUCCCAUAUCAGCUAGGACUGUACUUAUAUUACUGCCCAUGCAAUAAAAACAGUAUCUUUAACAGCUUAGAACUAAAAUUUGUUUUUUUCCUACAACAACCUAUUCCAUUAUGGAGUAUUCUGAGGAAGGUUGGUUUGAUCAGGCCGAUCGCUUUCCUCCACGAUUACUUGCAAUUUUUUUUGCGAUCUUUGAUCCUCUUCAAGGACCCAUUGUCGCCUGCGAAGCUCCUACUGGCUCUGUCUCUUACCAAGAUGGUGGAAAAAGUCUAUUAAUUCCGUUUGAAAAUAUAUCUGACUAUGUCAUUCCAAAACGAGAACUUUGUAAUAAGACAAUUACGGUUUGUACAAACCAUUACCAAAUUAUUGGACAUCCUAUUUCAAUUUUUGGAAGUAAUUAUGAAAGAAACACACUCAUAUUUAACAUGUGUAUGGUCUUUCAUGAAGAAGAAGACUCAGCAUGCUACAUACCGCUAGUGAAGCGACUUGCACGUAACUUGGAGGUUUUAGAAAAACAGAGCCGUUAUAUUUCUGAUAUAAAAAAGCGUUCAGUCAUAUUCAGUGUUAUUGAGGAAAUUCUCGAAGACAUGAACAAUUUUUGUGAAUGCAUGAUUCAGUUGGAUGAUCAAAAUUCUAUAAAUAUCAAAUUAUUUCCUAGCUUCCCUUCACCACCAGCUGUAAAGGGGUUUCAUGUUCCGAUACUGACUGCUCAAUUAGAUUUGCUUAUGGAUAAAAAUUGGGAUAUGACUGUGCAGAGAGUAUAUCCGUACAUAAACGGGAUUAAUUCAGUACAAAGAAUUGCGGAAUUAGCCAAUGUUGAUUACGAUAGUUGUCUAAAAUGCAUGGAGCACUUUCUCUACUACGGGUGUCUUAUCAUCGCUGACAUUUUUCAGUUUCAUAAUAUAUAUGCCAUGACUACCAAUGCAGCGGAUUUAUUACAAGAUCCUGUUUUUCAAGAAGAAUGUGUUUCGUAUGUUUCAUUUCAAGGCACUUCUUCAAAAAACGUAACCUUUGCUAAAAUAUUCAGGCUAUACUGUUCUCUUCGACAAGGUCUUCGUGUGAAAGACUGGAUGAACGAGAAUCGAGAAGUUUUUCGUGGAUUGGAUGUACGAAGACUAAUCUCUUUUGGUACGAUCAAGGGGCUCAUAUAUCGUGUCCAUAAGUAUCCUUACAUUGAACGUAAGAAUACUCAAGCGAAACUAACGUUCGAAGAAGAGAGGCUACUUAACAUGCUUGAUGGGACACAUCAUUUUGAUGAGCUGUGUAUUAAUUUUAAAAAAUCUCCAAAGCUCAUCAACGAAAUGAUAUCGAAGUUGGGCGACGUUUUAUUUAUCUAUCGUUGAUAUAAUCUCAAUCAAAUGAACAUAGGUAUUUCUAGGAUUGCAUAAUUUUAUAAAGACAAAUAAUCUAUCAACAUGUGUGGUAAACAUAUUAUAGUACAAAAAGGAUCGCAUGAAGAGUACUUCAUAAUAGGGAAAUGCAACUAAUUUGGAAUUUAUCUGGCUCUAUUCUUACAGAAAUAGUUUAGGAUUUUCAUUUCUCCAUUAUGAUACAGAUAUUUAAUUAUCCUCAUUUCUUUACUUGAAAUCCUAAGCGCCUAACAAUUACAGAAGCCAACCUUUUUUGUCAAAGACUAUACGAAAGAAACUACUUUGAAAAGCAUUAAUAAUAGAUGAUACUUUUUUUUAUUAAACCAUACAACCUUUAUAUAUUCGUU